AUGGUUGGAUCAGAGCUGAUGAAUGGUAGAAGAAGAGCGAGUUAUGUGAUGGCACAGCCUUCGAUUCUAGUUGGAAAGGCGCCUUGGAAUUCACUGAAGCAUUUUGGAUUCUCUCUGCGCAGAGCAGUGGUUCAACUCCAAAAGUUCAAGACGGCUGUUACUCUAAUUCUAAUUUUAUACGCCUUUUGCGUUGGUGUGGGAUAUAUUAUUUGCAUGUUGCUUCUUUUUGUAGACGUGGUUGCAGGGAAUCGUUAUCUCUACAGUGUAGUAGAGUUUACAGGGGAAGCACACGAAUUUGUGCUUUCCUCCUUACAAUUUAUUAACGGAGCUCUGGGAAUGUUUGUAGGAUUCUCAAUAUUAACCCACAGCUCGCCUCGGGACUUUUUUCUUCGCAUUAAGGGAAAUUGUUUGUGCAGGUGGAGGAUUCGAGGGUUGCCCAAAGUAAAGUAUGGGUGUUUAGUGGAAGAAGAGAAUAGGGAAAAGUGUUGUGUUUGUCUGGAAGAAAUUGGUGGGGAAGAGAGUGUUCGCAUUCUUCCCAAAUGUAAACAUUAUUUGCAUGGGCGUUGCAUCGAUCAAUGGCUUCUCUGCCAAAGCAAUUGCCCCAUCUGUAGAGCUCCUGUUUGCCAGGAGUCUUGA